GCGCGUCUCCAGUGGGGCUCGAUGGCCAGCGCGGGGCUGCAGCUGAGCGGCUACUUCUUGGCGCUGGGCGGCUGGGUGGGCGCCGUGUGCGCCGCGGCUCUGCCCCAGUGGAAGCACAGCUCCUACGCCGGCGAUGCCAUCAUCACGGCCGUGGGGCUUUACGAGGGGCUGUGGAUGAGCUGCGCCGCCCAGAGCACCGGCCAGGUGCAGUGCAAGCUCCACGAGUCCCUCCUCUCGCUGGACGUUCACAUCCAAACGUCUCGGGCGCUGAUGGUGAUCUCCAUCCUCCUGGGCUUCCUGGGGUCGAUUGUCAGCGUGGUUGGCAUGAAAUGCACCAAAGUCGGGGACCAAAAUCCCGUGGCCAAAAGCUGGAUUGCGGUUUUAGGAGGGGCCCUUUUCCUCCUGGCUGGGCUGUGCACAGCUGGGGCCGUUUCGUGGUACGCCUCCCGGGUGACCCACGACUUCUUCAACCCCAGCACCCCCCUGAAUGCCAAGUACGAAUUCGGACCAGCUCUCUUUGUGGGUUGGUCGGCGGCCAGUUUGCUGAUCCUGGGGGGCAGCUUCCUCAGCUGCUCCUGCCCCAAACCGGAGGAAAGGAGGGGGCAGCAAUAUUACCGACAAUCGCAACCUUCGACAACCGUCACGAGAGAGCUCCCUGUAAAAAGGGGUAACCAAUGCGUAUAAAAACACCUUCCGACGGAAACCCAAGGCAGGCUUAAAAUAAUUUUAUGAUUAUUAUAAAUAAUAACAAACCCGGUUUUCCAACAUUCACGCCGUCUCGUUUUGGGAAAGCGAAAGCGAAGAAAAAGAAAACGCCCGUUGUGGUAGAAUAAAGCCGCUUUUUAACAUUAUUAUUAUUAUUAUUUUCCGGCGCCCGGUUCUGCUUUUGACGAGAGGAUGUUUUCCUGUUUUGUAAAAUAAAUCCGUAAAUAAA